AUAUGCUGAGGAAGAUUAUAAGGUUGUAUGAAUUAUUAACAGAUACGUACAGUAUGAGACUAACAACUAUCCUGGAUAUACUGAUUUCAGUUUAAAAAUACCUAUAUAGCAUGAAAGAGUGAGAGUGAGCAAGUAAGAGAGAGAGAGAGAGAGAGAGAGAGAGAAUGAACUCAUUUGCCUGAGUGAACCUGAGUUAGGUCCAUCCAAGCUGUUGGGACACACACAGGAGGGUCUUAGAGCCUUGGCUUUGAAGGAUUACUCUUUCACACACACACACACACACACACUGAUCUGUCUAUAAAAGUUAAAAAGCUUCACACUCAAGGCCACUUGGCAGAAGAGGGAAAUCAUACAGACAGAUUAAUGACUUUAAAAGACAGCAGUGCAAGUUUAUUCCUAACGAAUAUAUUAAAUAUGACAUGAUAUUAAAUUAAGCAAUUAUCAUAGUUAAUUUUGUUAGUGUGUUUUAGUGUGGUCAUUUGUCUGCUGUUUGUGUUUGAAUCAUUUUAAUAAUAAAGCUAGAGAAUAGUAAAGAGAGAGAGAGAGUUAAGGAGGAAAGUAAACCAAAAUUAAAACCAACAUAACGCAGAAGACACACUACACUGGAAAUGAGACGUGAUCUAUUUCAUCCUCUAAGAAGGUUGAGGUUGGACGGAUGGCCGGUACCUCUUUUUCUGUGCGUGCUAAUUGUCUGUGAGGGAGCUUCGGGCUCGGAGUACGAGCUCGGUACUCAGCCACGCUUCAUCUGUACCCCCAUACCCCCUGAUGCCCCCUGCGUCCCCUCAGAUAGCACUGACCACCACAACGGCCAUCAUACCAGCCAUUAUGGCGAGUAUCACAGCAGGCAACAUAGUGGCCAUUACAACAGCCAUCAUGGUGACCCCUGGUGGCAUGUGUCAGAUGAGGCCACGCCCACCAUCUUGCACCUGCGCGAGAGCUUAGUGCAGCAAAAAGAAACAAUUCUGGACCAGAGGGAGACAAUUCGCGAGCUCACGUCCAAGCUGGCACUCUGCCAGGGGUUCGGGCACGGCCUGGGUGAACAUGAGCACGGGCACACCCAGUUCAGGCAUUACCACAGCAACGAAGAGCACACGGGUGAUGAGAUAAUGGGUCUGUCACACCCAAGUUCCCCGGAGCAGAUGAGCCACAUGCUGGCGACAUUAAAGGAGAGACUGGAAAACCUGCAGACACAGAACACAUCCACCACAUACUCUGCCUCCUUAAAAGAGUUGCUGCAGAGGAAGAUCUCCGCCCUUGAACAGCAGCUGCUGCAUCACACAGCAUCCAUCACCGACGGCAACCCUCACUACAGUGAUGACGAGGAUGAUGAAAUUCACCAUGACGGCCAUCAUGACGAUGAACACCAUGAUGGGCAACAUGAUGGGAACAACAAUCACCAUGAUGACAGUCGCCACGACAGCAGCCAGCCGAGGACCUUGCACCGCUCCCAGGCUCGCAGGACGACGCUUGACGGGUUGGACAAAGUGCUGAAGCAGCUCACACAUGGAACAAGGAAGAGAAGUAAAUCUUCCAGAAGUUUUCAGAUUGGCUUCCCCAUGCGCACAAACUACAUGUAUGGGAGAGUGAAGCGAACUGUGACGCGUGAGACGUAUGCCAUGACGCUGUGUAUGUGGCUGAAGGGCGGAGCCUCAGGCAUUGGGACACCGUUUUCCUACUCUGUCCCCGGGCAAGCAAAUGAACUGGUGCUGAUCCAGUGGGGGAACAAGCCAAUGGAGCUACUCAUCAAAGACAUGGCAGUGAUAUUACCUCUCUCUCUGCAUGAUGGGAAAUGGCACCAUGUGUGUGUGACAUGGUUGGCACGGGAUGGGAUAUGGGAGGUUUAUCAGGACGGAACAAAGCGAGGAUCGGGGGAUAAUCUUAAUGCCUGGCAACCCAUUAAACCUGGAGGAGUGUUUAUUUUGGGACAAGAGCAGGACUCACUAGGAGGACGUUUCGAUGCCACCCAGGCAUUUGUUGGUGAAAUCUCAGACCUACAACUCUGGUCUCACACACUCACACGCCAGGACAUCUACAGUCUCGCGUCCUGCCAAGGUCACAUGACUGGUGAUAUCAUAAGCUGGGCGGAGUCAAUUGUGGAGCUGCAUGGUGGGGUCACCAAGUACCCAUUCGAUCCCUGCCACUAAGGUUGCCAUCACACCACCCUGUUACUGAUUAGGUGGAUUAGUUAGGAAAUUUUUGUUACAUCCUUAUAGGUUUGAAUGCUUUCCUAAGGCUCUGUCUCAGAUCAGAUUAUAUGCACUAUGUACCUGACUCAGUGAUUUGAGACACUGCCUAAAGAAUUAAUUAUGAAAACGCAGCCUUUUCCCCAAAGUAGGCGUGACUCGAGAUUUGCUUUGGCAGAAAGUGAAUUGAAAAAUACAGCAACACCAAAGAAGCUAGCAUUAGCAAUUAUUAGAGAAUUAGCAUUAUGCUGGAAAUGGAGUAAGUAUGCUUAGUAGGUUAGAUAGACUGACAUAGGUUGCAGAGUCUCAAAUAGCUAGCUAAUAAAUAUCAAACAUUAAUAAACCAGGCAUCUAGUGCACUAAGGUACGUAGUGCAAUCAAAUGGUGCACUCGAGUUUUAGAAGCCGUAAUUUAUACUGCAGUCGACGUGGUAUUAUUUUCCAACAGAAUUUUUUUUUG